AUGGACAGCCUGCUAAACCUGCUCAGGGACACAUCUGGUCGCCGACUGGCCCUACUGGAGGAAGAGUUGGAGACACUGAGGCGUGAUGCGCUCUCGUAUCCAGAUGAUUUCUUUUCGACAAAACCCAGGAGGUACCCGGCCGGUCUAUUUUCCCACGAAAAACUAAUCGAGAUAUCGUGCGCUUCAUUGAAUCAAUGCAAGGGCUUUGCCAUGGGUGACAAGCCCAAUGAUCCUUCCACCAACGCCGCCAAGAAAGACAACCCUAUCUCGACGUCGCACCCCCUCCAAGACCCUUCCGCGGUCAAGAAGAGGCUGUACACGUCCUUGAGGCAGCUGGAAACCUACGAGCAAUUCCUCUUGUGGCAACUUGACGCCAGGAAUACUUCAAGGAUCAAUAGGCAUGCAGGACUUAGCGAGCAGUACCAGCAAUACCUCAAUAGCUACAAGACUAGGUCUCAGCACUUUAUGGAUUUGAGGGAGUCCUUGGGACACGGGAUCUCAUUCGAGGAGGCAUGGACAGCAGACCGCUCCUUGACCCUCGCGAUAAUGCACAACGCUGGUGAUAGAUGCCUGGACCUCUAUAGAUACUUCGGCGCUAUAGAGGAGUGGGCAAGAUAUAGGGGCUCAAUCAAACAGCCGCUGCGCCUCUUGCGAUCGCUCGAUGAACAGGACCCGUGGUCUACCUACGUCGAGUUUCUUUACUAUCAUUCAUUGUGCCAACAGGCAUCUGAUUAUAGAGUCAUUGCCCUUCGGGUGGACAUGUCCAGGGAGUGGGCAAUGCUGGCACGAGAAAACCUGCUCCAACCCACGGAUACGGCCCUCUCACUUGUGUACCGACUGGAAGUACUACAGGAGGAUCUGUCGGAGGCAAGUGGAGCCCAUCCAUACGAACAUUUUCUCUCCUCGUGGAAGCGCCUAUGUCAAGGUACCGAGGUCGCGGAUUUUCAUUGCGCGAGUAUGGGCUGGGCUUGGGAUAUGAUGGAAUUUGUUGGUAAUUCUUAG